AUGGGUGAUUCUGCUAGAAGAUAUAUACAUUUUCUUCAACACCAUGCAUACCAGGGUGACAUAAUCGAUACGGUUCUAAAAAUUAUAGAAGAAGAUGAUCCUAUACCGAUGCGGGAUAUGAAACCUGCUCAGAAAGUGAAGACGGGAGCAGACAUGUUUUGGGAGACGCAUCAAGCAGCGUACGAGGGUAGGGCUACAAGCAGCGGUGAUAGGGUACAACGGGUCCACAACCAUAAUAGCGGUUAUCCAAAGCUGAGGGAUGAACUUGAUAAUAGAAGAUCUCUUGCCAAGGUCACAGCCUUCAAAACGUCACCCAAAUAUAAUAAUUAUGAUUCAAAUUGUGCAGCGUGUGUUAAAUACAAGAAAUUAAAAGAACUAAAGAGUUCAAAGGUAAAACGAAAAUGUAGGAACAAUGAACGUAGAAAAAGAAGUAUAGGAAAAAAAUUGAGUCCAAAGAAGCGGAAGACAUAUCAGAGAAAAAGUAAUGAAGCAUAUUAUUAUAAAAAUAGAAUGAACACUGGAUGUCAGUGUUCGGGAUUGUUAAAUGCAUUAAAUAAACAGAGCGGACCUGAUGACAAAUUAACGUUGGACCUGUCAAUGACGGAGUUACAGAAAAUGGCGUCAACCGAUUUUGUAAAUAUUAAAACUGAACCAACACCGUUAAACAAUGAUGACGAUGAUAAGUCUUUAUUGAGUCUGUAUAAGAAAACUUGUAAAAAUGACACCGAAAACUGUUCACAAUCUGAUAAAAACUCCGCACAAAAUCCGGAUACAAGUAACCCAUCGAUAAGUACAUACAAUAGUUUUGCAUCAACUGACCAUGAACCAAUGGUGUAA